GUAUUCUUCUUGCGCCGGCACUCAGGCACUCUCAGGCACUGGUACUUCAAGUUAUGUUCUCUUCGAAAGGACUCGCGGCAUUGACACAUGCACGCGUUCUGCUGCGCUCUAGACGACCGUGUUCUUUGCCACAGACAGCAUCAUUGAGUGGCUCAUCAAUUAAGUCCCUUCAAGAUGCUUUCAAGGACCCAUCGUCGCCAUUUCAUAUCGCACCAGGACAGGCAGGUCCUGAAUCUCCAGAUUCUCCUCCCGCACCCCCAGACCCCACUCCAUCUCAGUCCAGCAACCCCACUGUAGUUGGCUCGUUGGCAGAGAAUGGGAGAGCUAAACUGCUUUCUAUGGGUUAUGAUGCAGGGUCAUUAUGGGAGCAAAGUAUUGUAUGGGGGCACCAUGAUUCAUUUCGACACGUUAACAAUGCACACUACCUGCGAUUCAUUGAAUCGGGUCGCAUGGUGUGGCUAAUGGCCCUCGGGAAAGUUCUUGGAGGUGAAGAACGUGUCAAGGCAAUGCUCGCAGGUCAAGGCGUCUCACUCAUACUCAAAUCAACGAACGUCAAUUAUAGAAGACCUGUAACAUUUCCUGACACCCUUUUGAUUGGUCACAAGCCAAUCAUCUCUUCGAGCCGCACGCAUUUCACUCUCAACGCUGCGCUUUAUUCGUAUGCGCAGCAAGCGAUCGUGGCGGACUCGGAUAGCGUGCUUGUUUGGUACGACUAUGACAACCUGAGGAAAUGCGACCCUGGGGAUGACACGUGGCGCGUUAUGAAGGCUGUCUCGGAAGAUGGUCAAGUGAAGGGCUGAUUUCCGUAUGCUUCGACUGGGCUGGAGCUUAGUAUAUGCAUAGUAGAUUGAUUUAUCUUGAAUACUUGGCGCUGGAGCCGCAGUGACUGGCCUGUUUC